UUAAAAUCGAAUUUUAUGUUAUUUUGUGCAGUACGCUUUUUUAUUUCUGUUGGGUCAACUCUACUAGCUUUUUCCUCCCCGUCAGGCAUAAUCUGAUAGGAAAGUGUGAAUGCAGCGAAAUCCCAGCACGGAAAGAGGAGUGCGCGUGGUUCAGCGGUUCUAGCAAUUUUCAAUUUUGUGGAUAUUCGGAGCAUACCUGAACCUUCGCAAAGUUUCACGCGAAUUGAGAGUGUAUGUGUGUGCUGUGCUAAAAGGCAGAACAAAAGAAGAUACCAGUGGCAGCAAUAAUAAGAGUUGAAAAUCUUUAAAGUUCUCUGAACUACAGUGUCAGACAACGACGAGCAACUCGAGGCUACGAAAACCCGAAAAAAAGUGAUUUUAAAUUUGGAACAACUGAGCAACAGCGGAGAGCUGUCAACUGAAUUUCUGUGGAUAUCAAAAAAAUUUAAUUGCAAGCUUUGACUUUUGGCAAUUUUCGUAUUCGCAACAACGGUAACAACUACCAGGGUGUAGACCUGAAGCAACGAAAGACUCAACGCAAGACACAAUUAGGAAAUCCAUCAUCUGCGAGGUUUAAUUAUAGGUUCUAAGUAAAGCAGCACGUUAGCUUCCAAAAACCAUGGGUAAAGCACAGAGCAAGCGCUCGGUCGACAUAACGACAGACCCGGCCAAGGACGGCGGAAUCACAGAGGGUACCGGUAAACUAGAGAAAAUUGAGGACGUCGAUCAGCUCAAAUCACAGGCCAACGGCGAUGCAUCACAGCAUAACGAAGGCGACUCGGAAAAGAAGGUAGAAACGGAUGCCGCUGAAAACGAGAAGGAUGCCAACACAGAAAAAGGAAAUAAAGAUGGCGCCGGGGAUGCCACAGCAACAGAAGUAGCAGCAGCCGCCACAGCAGCACCAGUCGCCACCAGCUCCCCAACCGCUACAUCAGACAAAGUGGCCGGCGUGGAAUCGCCCGAUUCGGAUGCGGCAAACAAAACGCUCGAGAACGGUAGCAACGAUGAAACGCUGAACGACAGCAAGGCCGCGGCGGAGGACAGCAAUAAAAAGCCGAAAAAGGUAAAAAAGAAAUGGUCCUUCCGGUCGAUCUCGUUCAGCAAGAAGGACAAACAGAAGCCCGCCAAGAAGGAGAAGGCCGACGAAGAGAAGGUGAACGGCGAGUGCGAGAAAGUUCCUGAAGAAGGGCCAACCGAGGAUGCCGCUGCCGCUGCUGUGACCUCCGCCCCAGCGGCGACUGAGGAAACAAAGACCGAAGCGGAAGUUGCCGCUGCCCCCGUGAAAGCCGUCGAAGAAUCAGUCGUAGAAGCCGCCGCCGCUGCAUCGCCCGCUCAAGAGACUGCUCCUGCCACCGCUGAAACCACGCCAGCUACCGAAACCGCUCCGACUCAAAAUGGCAAACCAGAAGAGAAGGAAGUAACCCCCGCCGUUGUGGAAGCUCCCGUCGUUGCCGCCGCCCCCGUUGCAGAAGCCGAGAAAGUCCCCGAGCCCGUGAAGGAAGCGGAACCGGCGCCGGUUGUCGCUGCAGAGAAGGUGGCCGAACCGGUUGCCGUUGUUGAGGUAAACAAAGCAAAUGAAGAACAAACUCAGGCGGCCGUCGUGCCGCCGGUGGAAACACCCGCCACUAUUCAAACUGAAACCAAAUCCGAUAAUAUUGUUGUUGAACAAGAGAAACCAGUAACCGUAGAAAGUGACAAACCGACAGUGGAGGCGGCGGGUGCUCCGGCAGUGGCCGAAGUCGUUGCCGUAGAGACCCCUGCUGCUGCGCCGGUUGUUGUCGAUAGUGGUGAUAGCACGCCUCCACCUCCUCUGCCCUCCAAUCCUCCUCCCUCCCAGGUGAUGGCAUUCGUAGAAGCUUCCAUGUCCCAGGCCACUAGCGAGCCCGAACCCGAUUCCCUCAACUCGAUCCCGGAAACAUCCUCGGUUGUCCUGCCGGAACAGGAAGGGGAACAGAAAAAAGCAGAAGAACAGGUUGUGGUAGAAGAACAAAAAAAGUCAGAAGAGCAGGUUGUUAGUACAGUUGAGGCAGUCGUAGUUGCCGAACAAAAACCAGCAGAAGAAGUUUGUGUAGCUCCGGUUGAGGAACCAGUUGUGGAGAAGGUCGAGGCCAAGCCCGCUGAAGCCGCUCCUGUUCCAGCAGCUGCUGUUGAAGAAAGCAAAACAGAUGAUGCGGCUGCUGUCGUAGUAGAGGAAAAAAUUGUCGAAAAAGUGGCAGAAACCGUAGAAGCUGCUCCGACUGCGACCGAAGUAAAGGAAGCAGUCACCGAGGCUGUGGAACAAAUUUUGACUACAGCUGUGGAUAAGGUCGAAGAAGAGGUCGCAGCUAAGAUCGAAGAGCCACAGAAAGAUCAGCAAGCUGUAGAAGCCACAGAGGAACAAAAGCCUGUUGAAGCAUCGCCAGUGUCGACUGAAGCACCUAAAGAAGAAGUAGUACCAGAGCCGAAGGUGGAACAGCCCGUUGUAGAAGCAGAGCCAGCGAAGCCAGUGGAGGAAAAGCAAGCGGUAGUAGAAACGGCUGCUCCUGAAGUGGUUGCAGCGCAACCUGUUGCACAGGAACAAGCAACAGAACCAGCUGCUGCUGAGCCGGCCGCUCCAGAACCAGUCGCUGCCGAGCCAGCUGCACCGGAACCAGUUGCAGCCGAGCCAGUUGCAGCGGAGCCAGCAGCUCCUGCACCAGUGGCAGCAGAGCCGGCCGCUCCUGAACCAGUUGCAGCGGAACCAGCUGCUCCUGAACCAGCUGCAGCGGAACCAGCCGCUCCAGAAUCAGUUGCAGCGGAGCCAGCGGCUACCGAGCCAGUCGCCGCAGAGCCCGUUUCGACGGAAACGGUUGCUGCCACUGAGUCUGCUACUCCAGCACCAGUUGCCGCCGCGGAACCAGCAGUUACUGAACCCGUUGUUGUCGCAACAGAAGCUAAAGUAGAAGAAAGCCAGCCAGCUCCGGUCGCUUCAGAAGAGAAACCCGUCGAACCUGCUCCGGUGUCGGAACCGAUUCCGGAAGCUGACGAAGUCAGCAACACCACCGACGAUCUGCCUCCGCCACCACCGCCACCAGCUGCCGAUGACGAACCUGUGCCAGAUUCGCUUCCCUCUCCGCUGCCAACGAUCGCUGCCGCCGCACCGGGUGACGCGACUGCCGAUGAACAGAAUCUCUCCGUCGAUAUUUCCUCUCCACUUCCACAGAACUCGCUUGAAUCGCUUCCAUCACCGCCUACUCUGUCCCAAAGUGACGCCAUGAGCUUACCUCCCCCGCCAGAAUCCCCUGCGGCCACCACACCGACUUCGCUGGAAUCCGCCGAGCAAUCUCUUCCUGCAGCUCCUGUCUCCGAGCCAACCGCACUUCCAACCACUCCAGCUGUCGAAGAAUCGGCCCCAGCGGUAGCGGAAGAAAAACCAGUCGAAGCACCCAAAUCAGAGACUGUACCGGCGGCAGAAGUUACCGAAGUAGUGAUCCCUGCAGAGCAGAAGGAACCGGCGACGGCGACAGAAGCGGUAGUAGAACAGGCAGCAAGCAAUAAGGAAGAACAAGUUACUGAGCAAAAAGAACAGGAAGAGACUGCAGCGCCGGUACCGGCACCAGCACAGCCUGUGCAGAAGCAGAAACCAGUGGAAGCAACCGAGCAACUGGUAGUCAAAAAGCAGCAGAACGGAACCGCAACGGAAAACGGCACCGUCGAGAAUGGAAAUGGUGUGCACGAGACGUCCGCUACCGAGAGCCUGAACGGCGAUGGUGACCACAAAAAGGAGGAUAAAAUUCCAGAAAAGGCAGCUCAGCUUCAGCAAUCUGCGCCAGCAGAAAUCACGGCUGAAUAAAUCUAUUGAUUAUUAUUAAUGAUUAAUUAAAUAUAAUCGUAAAAAUAAACACUGUGAAGUAAUAAAAAAAAAGCAAAUAACUUCAGACAUCAGUAGCAUCAGAGCGAGCAAAUAAACUACUAACUACAACACAGUUCAUUGUUUUUGGGUUAGCCAAAAAGAAGCGAAAAUCCAGGCGAAACUGACAUACAACAGUGACGAUGAUGAUGAAUCCACACAAACACACAUUGACACGACAGUGCAGAAACAGUAACGAACACACCACAUGAAAGCAUCAAAAAAAAACUUUGCAGCGCAGAAGUAUGAGGGAAAUUUUUUACAUAUUUUUAAAAACUUUCAAGUUAUAUUAUAAAUUAAUUUUAUAAAAAUAUUUAAAAACUUCAUAAACACAACAACAAACAAUCACUUAGAAAACAAGAAUGCUACCUACAAGGAUUCAGUCGCUUGACGGUCGCCUGAACGACGAGAUGAACACAUGAAUUUACUACACACACACAUACCAUCAUAUGUUCAUCUCCGGCCACUGGGCGAAACUUUUGUAUGAUGAAAUGUGAAGUUAAGAGAAAGAAAACCAGCAAGCAGACACAUCGCGCGCAAAGAUUCAGAUUUUGCGAACAAAAAAUAAGAAAUCACAAAAAAAAACGAUAAACUGGCUGCAAGCACACGAAAUUCUUUGAUAUAAUUAUUACUGAAUGUCCAUAAAUGCAUUGUCCACUUUUUUCAGCAUGAAAAAAGAAAAUCGUGAGCAAAUAAAAAAAAAUUUAAACAAAAAAAACUAAAAAUUUCAUUUUCCGCUAGGGAGAAAAAAAACUUGGGAUAUUAUUAGCGUGAGCAGUAGCGGCAAAAGGGCCAAAGCGGAGCAAAUACCCGAAGCUGAGGAAUAGGGAUUUUACAUAAAAAAACAAACUUCCUGGUACGCUUGGUCUUUGCUGCGCUUUCGUGCCGCUUUAGUAAAGCGCAACCUUAUAAAUGUAAAAGGAUCACUAUUUAUAGUUUAAUUGAUAAUUGAUAAAUUAUACUAUGAAGAUAAACUUUUUUCGAAGAAAAAAUGUAAACAUAAAUGUAAGUUCUUUUCUUUUAUCUUUGUUGUAAAUUCUAUUUCAAAGAAAGGAAGAUUGAAUAAAAAGAUGACAUAAAAUUUUUGCUGGUAGAGAAUGAAAACAGUUUCGUAAAUCUAGCCGUAUCGAAUUGAAAAGUACACACACCCAUAUUUAACCCAAAUUUUCAUAGUACAUGUCACAUAGAAGCAAACACAAGCAAAAUUUACAAAGAAUAAUUGUAGCUUUUAAAUGAAAAUCUUACCACUAGUAGAAGAAACCGAUUAAAAAACUGGAACCUCUCAGUCCCGACGCGGAGAGAACACACAUAAUAGAACAGAGACCGUUGUUUUAGAGACCAUUUUUGAGCUCAGCCAUUUUUUCAAGUGAUCGUGAACCAAUUUUACACCUCCUCACGUAGCGUCGUGUUUACACUAGCGAAACACAGUUUCUGCGGCGCGUUAUUG